AUGGUCAUUGGUCUUCUGAUGCUGACUGCCAUCCCCACCACGACGGGCGUGGCCUUUGCGACAAGCGAGCAGCGGAAGGCGAACCAACGUCGAGAAGAUGCGCGUCGUAUGACGAAAUUUCAUAUUGAUGUGGAAUGCGACGGUGAUACCGACGAUGAUAGGGAUGUCCACGGUCGAAGAUUGGUAGUCCGUAACGAUAAGGUCUACGUUGAUCAUCCCAACCCCGCGGAUCGAUCGAUACCUGCCUUUACGGCGCUCGCAUUCUACAUUGAAUACCCGGAGCUCGAGGAAACGAAACAUUUGAAGCGAGGCCUUGGUCUGCCCACUUACGUCUCUGCUGAUCCACCCUUGCUCAAUUGGAUCUACGCGGAUGUCAAUACGCAUGAGCUGAAAUACGGGAAUCGUUCGCAGAGCGUGACGCAUAUCGUGGGUCCUUGGGACUGGUCCGAGAACGAAAGGGUCAUCACUUUGGAGGCGAGCAACCGAUUUGUGGCCGUGGAAGAGGAGGAAGGAGAAUGGGCCCUAUACUUUGACGGAGAUGAGGAUGAUUGUGAAGCUAUCCUCGAAGAGCAAGGGAAGUUGGACAAGGCCUUUGUACCGGUAAAGUUGGUCAGGAAGUUAGCUGAAGAACCGCCUCCAGGGCCUCGGUAG